AUGGUGUCUUCUAGCAGUGAUUAUUCUUUCAGCUCCUUUGAGGAGGAUUCGAGGAUCCCUGCGGCUAAAAUGUGUGCUAAGACAAACCGUGCCGAGGGAUCAAAGCCGAGUACGCCUCUUAAUAAUAGUACAGUCACUUAUGCCGAGAUCAUGAAGAGAAAAGCUGAGGAUGAUAAGGCAGAGGAUCGUCAGCGUAGAAAGGAUCGAAUCCGGCACAGAAUACUAGCAGCUGAGGAGAAACGUCGAUUUGUCGACGGUGUGCCCUCUGACUCUGAUGCUUCUGAAGAGGAAACCGAUUGGGUGUUAUCGGAGCGCAAGAUUAAGCCAGAUCGGCGUACCAGAGAUCUCCAAAAGAUCGCAAAACAAGUUGAAGAUGAACUCGAAGCUGAGUAUAAAGCCGAAGAUGACUCGGAUUCGGACGAUCUUGAUAUCCACCCAGACUUCAUCAAUGGAUCUGACAGUGAUUCCGACGAAGAAGAGGAUUCUGAUAAAGAUGAUGAUGAAUCUGACAAAUCUGAUGACUCCGGCGAAUCUGCCGACUUCACUUCAGAUAAUCAGAAGAAUCUGUCUCCUUCUCAUAAUUCGAGACCUAAGCAGACUGUUAGAUCCCCUGCUCGGUAUAGAUCAACUCAUACUGAAGUCGGCACAUCUGUUGAUGUACGCGUUGUUGUUGAUGCUGGAAAGAGGAGGAAUGGGGAGUCCAUGGUCGUGGUUGAUAAUAGAAAUAACCGUGUUGACGAAGACUUAACUGAUUCCGCGGAGGCUGUGAUUAGAGCUCAUGUUCAUGAAUAUCCAACAGCUGGACUCCCCUUUGAAGCUCCCAUGAUCAACACUAUCCCCAAAUAA